GCUCUCAGAUGGAUGUAAAGCGGCACAUUUAGGGCCUGAAGUCCACCAAAAAACUCUGGACAAACACACUUUCUUUAGUUCUGACCUUUUGGAGACGAUAUAUCAUGAUAUUGGGACUUCAUUUUUGAUGAAACUGACAAGAGAGGAAAGUUCAGCAUCUUAAAGGGGAUUUUAGAGUUCGGCCAGGAGGAGAAGAAAGGAAGAGCAGCGUUUGAGCAGACAACAUUUGAAUAUUUUGAGUGUUCUUGAUGAAUUUGCUCUUAUCCUGAAGGCCACACCGAGUCCCCUGUUGGAGAACCCAGAACUUAUCUCAGUUCCUCAUCAUGGGAGACUGGAGUGCCUUGGCGAAGCUGCUAGAUAAGGUCCAGGCGCACUCCACAGCUGGAGGCAAGCUGUGGCUUUCUGUUCUCUUCAUCUUCAGGAUCCUGGUGCUGGGCACGGCUGUGGAAUCGGCCUGGGGGGACGAGCAGUCCGCCUUUGAGUGCAACACCCAGCAGCCUGGCUGCGAGAACGUCUGCUACGACAAAUCCUUCCCCAUCUCCCACGUGCGCUUCUGGGUGCUCCAGAUCAUCUUCGUUUCUGUGCCGACCUUGCUCUACCUCAGCCAUGUGAUCUACCUCAUGCACAAGGAGGAGAAGCUGAAGAGGAAAGAAGAGAGGCUGAGGGCCGUCCAGAGCAAAGGAGAGGACACGGAUGCCAAACUGAAGAAAAUCGAAACCAAGAAGUUCAAGUAUGGUUUGGAGGAACCUGGCAAGAUCAAAAUGAGAGGAGGCUUGUUUUAUACUUACAUAAUUAGCAUUGUGCUCAAGUCUGUCUUUGAGGUUGGGUUCUUGCUAGUACAGUGGUACCUUUAUGGGUUCCGGUUGUCUGCGGUUUACACAUGCGAGAGGUUCCCCUGCCCGCAUAAAGUGGACUGCUUCCUCUCGCGGCCCACGGAGAAGACCGUCUUUAUCCUCUUCAUGCUGGUGGUGUCCCUGAUAUCGCUUGGUCUGAAUGUCUUUGAGUUUUUCUACGCCGUCUUCAAGAGGAUGAAGGAUCAGAUAAAAGAAUCAGAGAAGCAGUUUGCCAGCCACAGCAACAUCACGCCUUGCCCUGGCGACAUGUCCAGCUACGGCUACUACAACCACUGCUCGGCUCCGGCUUCGAACCUGGGCUACAACCUGGACGGGGCAGAGAAAUCGAACUCCUCAGACAAUUUUGACAAACAAGCCAACGAGCAGAACUGGACGAAUUACAGCACGGAGCAAAAUCAGCUGGGCCAGAGAGAAUUCUGCCAGUCCCAGCCGUUCGCAUAUCCAGAGAAAAUGACUCUGGGAAAAGAUCUCAUGCUCCUCAAGCAGAUUGACCCUCGACCCCACAGUCGCUCCAGCAGUCGGGCAAGGCCUGAUGACCUGGACAUCUAAGAGCAGCCACUUUACAGCCGCAGGCUUUAACAUUUAAGGGGCCCAUGUCCUACGUUAUCCCCCCCCAGAGAUCCAUUUAGGGGGUUUAUGUACCAAAAACGUAAUUCGCUCUUACAUGAUCAUUCCCAGCCUCCCUUUAUUCCCUUUAAGUUAAAUAGGCUGUUUUUGUCACUGACUGGUAUAUGUAAAUUAGCUGCAUUCUGAUU